CGUUGUUGGUGAGGUGAUUUCGACAUCAUCUGUUGUCAAAAGAUAUCACUUCUGGCAUCAUGACUCGGCCACGGGUUCCCGAUGAUAAACGUCUACGCAUUGCCCAGGCAUGCGGCUUUUGUAAGACUAGAAAACAAAAGUGUGAUGGAAAGGUUCCUUGCAGCCUCUGUAUACGCAAGAAAAAUGCCGACAACUGCGUCUACAAUCCGGCGCAUCGCAGGAAUGCCGGCAUUGCAAGCAAGCGACAGCGAGUGGAGGAAGAUGCUUCUCUAACUACUCCAGUCUCUCCAACAACAAAGUCGGAAUCACCCAAAAGUCCUUGUUUGGACGCCGAUACCCCAGUAUCCACCACAACAAUCCCAACCCCUUCCAGCGCACACAACGGGUUUGGAUCUAAUUUUGGAUAUAGUCCAGAGGCAUAUGUUGUCUCGACACCCAAUAAGGACCCGAUACAAUCAAGGCCGUCAUCAAACACCUCACAGCAGGUGGAUUGGGGUGCACCUGUUGACGAAUCUUGGAGUAACCAACUUCUAGAAGGCGUCAACUCUUGGAGAGAUGUUCGCAUCCCUUCACAUCUUUACGCCACGGAACGCAUGCUUGGAUUGCCACUACCGGAAGAUCUACUGGGAUGCUCCAGCCACUUGGCAUAUCUCGAUGCUUUACGAAAUGUUCUCGAGGUGACCGGCAUGCCAAACCCAUUACAUAGACCUUUUGAUGCACGCUUCAGACUCAUGGAGCUCCCGCCAACUUUUAAACAGCCAUCGGUCACGUUACCGGUGCCACUACCCCCAGAGAGACAAUUAUAUCAUCUCGUCGAGGCGUUCUUGGUCAAUACCCAAGGCUUGAUACAAGUCUUUGACGAAGAAGCUACCUUGAACUUGACUGCACUGAAGAUAAUUUCAGAUGGCAAUCAGGACGCGAAGGGUCGCGUGCUUCUCUACCUCGCUGUAGCGAUAGGAAUUGUGAUCGCUGGGCCCACCACCGAGUCUUAUGGACUUGAGCUGGACGCAGAGGCAUAUUUCCAAAGCGUCGAGACACUCGUGGGCAUUCUGACCAAGGAUUUAUGGGCAGUACGGGUUCUUUUACUAAAGGCCAUGUACUCCUUGGCUGUGGUGCGGAGGAACGAAGGCUAUGAACACCUUGGUCGCGCCGGUUUGCUUGCACAGCAGCUCGGAAUGCAUCGAGAGGAGCAAAUUCUCAUGCGAUACGAUGAGAUAAUGAAGAACGGGAGGCCUUGGAGCUUCAAUGUCAAUAUUGGCCGGCUCAGGCGGAACGUCUGGCGGAGUCUGCUUCUGCUGGAUCGCUUCGUGGCUGCUCAGCUGGGUCGACCGCCAGUAGUAGCCGACGUUUUUGCUUUCCCAGCACCACCCGAGGAUGCUGACGGUGAUAUUACCAGCCUUGGCCCGAGUAUCCGCGGGGUCGAAAUGUUGAGCACGAUUCUCUUGGGAAUUUACAACAAGUCGGAGACACUAGCAGUGGAAGCUGCUGAGAUCGCCGGUCAAGAUAUCGACUGGCCUUAUAUGAACGAUAAAUCAGCCAUCCUCUUUCCCUCUUCCCAGUCGCCGCCAACCACGCCUGCAGAAUUGCAGCGCUGCGCCAUUCAUAAUCUCCACCACAGACUGCUGCAGCUACAUUCUGUCAUUCUUUUGGGUCGGCCGUUCAUGCUAUUCGACGCCCACAUCAAGGGUUAUGACACUCACCCGCUGUCUGGAGAAGGGGAGAAAUUCCCUCGCGACGCAAUAGAGGCAUCUUACAAGUCCAUCGCGAUGGUUUGGAGUGCAAUGGAGGAGGGCUUUCUAUCCAGGCGCAACCCUUUCAUAGUCUACUGCAUGAACUCGGCCAUUCUCAUCGUGCUUAGCCAGGAGAUUUCAUCCAAGACGUGGAAACGGAGUGCAGACCCUAUAUUACGUGGUGACGGACAAGUCACGGCCAUGCAGAAGUCCAUCGCGGUACUUGAGUACAUGUCGGAGCGUGAGCCACAAAGCAAACAUAUGCUGGGAAUCUUUAGGUAUCUAUGCAGCAAGUGCAAGAACCCCCAGCUCGCAUCAUUAGCUCACGGGCAUGCUCUGCCCCCGACGCCCGAAGUCUUGGACUCGCCGGUAGAGUCUGUCGGGUCGUUGCCUUGCCGCACACAAUACGUGUCACCGUCGAAUCAUGACCAAGGAACCUCUGUGUUCUCGGAAGGCAUAAAGGCCGGGCUGGAGUGUUCCCUUCAAAUAUCAGGUAGCUUAACGGGUUGACGACCAAUUUAUGAGGACUUCAUUCUUAUUUUUUUAUUUUUUUUUACUUUGAGGGAGGGACAGCUAACAACUUGUAAAUAUGGCUGUUAUGUGUAAGAUGCAAGCGCAUGUAACGAUUGAGCUAGGUUUUAACGGAGUAUGUCAUUUGGGUAUUUAGACUUGGCCUCGCGAUAACCUUUUUGUUACGCGCAAGCUAUGAAUGUUGAUGAUGAUUGAAAGAAAAUUCUUAUGAGUUA